CUACCGCUAGUCUCGGCGGCGGCGCGGUCGUCGUGAAUCACCGCGAGAAGAAGAAGAAGAAGAAUACAGCUCUGUCGCGAGAAGUAGACGAGACAUGGGUGCCGUGUUAACCUGGAAGACGGAACACAUAUAGUAGGUUGGUGUUGGGAAUGUGCAGGGAAGAUGGGCCAGGCAUUGUGUAUAUGUUCCCGUGGCUCAAUCACCAUCGACAACAAGAGAUACUUCUUCAUUCAGAAGCUAGAUGAAGGGGGGUUCAGCUACGUGGACCUGUUGGAGGGCGUCCAGGACGGUCGCUUCUACGCCCUGAAGCGGAUCCUGUGCCACGACCGGGAGGCGCGGCAGGAGGCCCAGACGGAGGUGGAGAUGCACCAGCUCUUCAACCACCCCAACAUCCUGGGCCUCACCGCCCACACCUUCGUGGACCGCAGCGGGAAGACGGAGGCCUGGCUGCUGCUGCCGUACAUCAGUGUGAGAAGCCUGUGGUCCGUUCUGGAGAAACUCCGAGACAAAGGAAGCUCCAUGCCAGAGAGGCGCAUCUUACUCAUUUUGCACGGCAUCUGCACCGGACUCAAGGCCGUCCACGAGCGGGGAUACGCACACAGGGACCUGAAGCACAACGUGCUCCUGGGUGAGAAUGACCGACCGCUCCUAAUGGACCUGGGCUCCAUGAACAAAGCCCGGAUUGAGGUGAGGGGCCAUAGUGCGGGGUCCCGGGAAGCCAUGACGGUGCAGGACUGGGCGGCACAGCGCUGCACUAUCUCGUAUCGGGCCCCCGAGCUCUUCAACGUGGAGAGCCACUGCAUCAUCGACGCCCGCACCGACAUCUGGUCGCUAGGCUGCGUGCUGUACAGCAUGAUGUUCCUGCAGGGCCCCUUCGACAUGGUCUUCCAGAAGGGCGACAGCGUGGCCCUGGCCGUCCAGAACUCGGUGCUCAUCCCCCAGCCCUGCAGCUACUCGGAGGGCCUGCAGAAUCUCCUGCGCUCCAUGAUGGUCUCCAACCCCCAGGAGAGACCUGCGGUGGCCUGGGUCCUGAUCAGGUGGCAGGACCUGCGGACAUGCAGCCCCAACACACACACCAACAUGGUGUGACCCCCACCAACAUGGUGUGACCCCCACCACCACCACCACCUCCACCACCUCCCACCCCUCUCCCAAGGCUCCAGGUGUAGGAGGUGUAACACCUUAGAACGCAGAACUUAGAGGUUAUUCCACAUAAAGAGAGUAGGAGGUGCGUGAGACGCACACACACAGACACACACACACACGCACACACACACACACUGUGCUCUCCUCUGCGUUUGCACGUGAAAGGUGCUUCGUUCCCCCCAUGAUACAGAGAGAUAAUAAUUUGGCACUCCAUCCUCGAAUAAAUUCUCUGUUUGGACACUU